GGCGCGGUGGGAGAGCCGCCCCCCCCCGGGAUCUGGAUGAGGCCUGGGAAGGGCAGGCCACAGGAGGCGGAGGACGUGCAGCCCCCACCCCCCGAGCACAGCACAGAGCCUGACCGUGCCCCAACGCCCCCCCCGGAUGCGGAGCAGCCCCCAGCACAGGGCGCCGAGGACGAGGCGGUGGCGCGGGAGCUGGAGCAGCUCUACCUGUCCCACCUGCGCCGGCUGCGGGGGGACCCCGGCGACAGCGACCCCCCCCCGAGAAACGGGGGUCCCCCCUUCCCCGAGCGAGCCCCCAACACCUCCCUGGCCAACGAGAUGGCGCUGCGCUACGAGGGGGGGGGCCGCUGCAGCCCCCCGGUGCUGCUGGGGAGGGGGGGGCCGGUGGAGGGGGCGCUGGUGGUGCCGGCGCGGCCCCCCCGGGGGCGAGGGAGCAGUUUGGGGGGGGCCCUGAGGGGGUGCGGGGUGGUUCUGGCCUUGGCCGUGCUGGUUCCGGUGGCCUGGGGGGACGGGGGGGGCCCCACGGCCGCGCUGGCCCUGGGGCUUUACCUGGCGCUGGCCUGGCUCACGUGA